AUGACUGAUGCUUUCCCCGGUGCCCUAGUUGGGCCAUCCUCCAAGGAGAGAAAGUAUGACCGUCAACUUCGUUUAUGGGCUGCCAGUGGUCAGCAAGCUCUCGAAAAUGCUCGGGUGCUUCUAGUCAACUCCGAUGGUCCUUGGGGUAACCAAAGCACGGGCACUUCAGGUGUGGUCGGAGUCGAAACGCUCAAGAACCUUGUGCUGCCUGGAAUUGGGGGGUUCACCAUUGUCGACCCUGCAAUCGUCACAGAAACUGAUUUGGGAGUGAACUUUUUCCUCGAAGAGGAGAGUUUGGGCAAAUCGAGGGCAGAAGAGACCUGUCGACUUUUGAGAGAACUAAACCCUGACGUAGAGGGAAGCUUCCAAGCCAAGCUUUUACAGCAGGACCCAGAGCUCCUUCUACAGCAUAAACUAGUCUUGAUAUCUGGCCCUCUGAAAAGUUCAUCUUUGGAUGCUAUUUGCAAGCUCUCUCGGGAGCUGGAUAUCCCCGUGUUAUAUACCCAUUCGGUUGGAUUCUAUUCUGUCUUUUCUCUCCAACUGCCGGCCGAUUUCCCUAUAGUAGAGACUCACCCAGACCCGGAAACGACUCAAGAUCUUCGCCUCCUCAACCCGUGGCCAGAAUUGGCUGCUGCUGGUGCCCGGGUCAGCAAUUUGGAUAGCUUGGAUGAUCACCAACAUGGUCAUGUUCCGUACAUAUUAUUGCUCCUCCACUACCUUGAGAAGUGGAAGGCGACACACGAUGGCAAUGUCCCGUCUAACUACAAGGAGAAAACGGAAUUUAGAGAGUUGGUACGCGGAAGUGCGAGAACACACAAUCCCGAGGGUGGUGAAGAGAAUUACGAUGAAGCCGUUGCGGCUGUGUUGAAAUCGCUGAACCCCUUUAGCUUGCGCAGCACUGUCCGUGAGAUCUUCGAGAUGCAAGAAUGCAAAAAUCUGAGACAAGAUUCCGGCGAUUUUUGGGUCAUUGCUUCAGCUAUCAAUCAAUUCUACCAAAAACACAACGUAUUGCCUCUGCCCGGCUCAUUGCCCGACAUGAAGGCUCAGUCAGCGGAUUACAUAUCCCUUCAGAACAUUUACAAAUCAAAGGCGAGGAAGGACGUGGAGGAAGUCACGGCGACUGUUAGGCAGAUUGAAGCCCAGCUGGGGUCACGGGCUGGUCCCAUUCCAGAAAAGGAAGUCGAGAUCUUCUGCAAAAAUGCCGCCCACAUCAAGGUUGUUCGCGGGCGCGAUAUCCCCAAAAUAGAGGAUGAUGCACAUACUUUGAAGACGAUUCGAAACAAUCUAACAUUCGACGAGUCGACUAUGCCGAUAUUCAUUGCCUGCCAGAUCCUAGACGCCAUAGUGACUGAUAUCCAAGAAGGGAAGCAGCCCGGAAACUCACUUGAUGACGAUGUGACAUGGAAUUCUCACAUCGAUCGAGUUGUCAGUAUUCUCAGGCGCGAUGACCCGUCAGCCGUUAGUGAAGAAGCACGGGAGCGUAUCGAAGAGGCCACCCAGGAGGUACGCCGAACGGAAGGCGGCGAACUGCACAACAUCUCCUCUCUUACAGGAGGACUAGUCGCGCAGGAGGCGCUAAAGGUCAUUACACGACAGUAUGGUCCUCUUGACAACACUUGCCUUUUCGACGGAGCUCGGAGUCGCAGUGAAAUGUACAAGCUGUAA